AUGAGCAACUACAGUGUGUCCUUGGUUGGCCCAGCUCCUUGGGGUUUCCGGCUGCAAGGUGGCAAGGAUUUCAACAUGCCUCUGACUAUCUCUAGUCUCAAAGAUGGCGGCAAGGCAUCCCAGGCAAAUGUAAGGAUAGGCGAUGUGGUUCUCAGCAUUGAUGGAAUAAGUGCACAUGGAAUGACUCAUCUUGAAGCCCAGAACAAGAUUAAGGGAUGUACAGGCUCUUUGAAUAUGACUCUGCAAAGAGCAUCAGCUACACCUAAACCUGAGCCAGUUGCUGUUCAAAAGCCCACAGUCACCAGCGUGUGUUCCGAGCCUGCUCAGGAGCUAGCAGAGGGACAGAGAAGAGGAUCCCAGGGUGACAGUAAACAGCAAAAUGGGAAAAUACCACCUAAACGCCCACCAAGAAAACACAUUGUGGAGCGCAAUACAGAGUUUUAUCACGUACCUACUCACAGUGAUGCCAGCAAGAAGAGACUGAUGGAAGAUACUGAAGACUGGCGUCCAAGGACUGGAACCACUCAGUCUCGCUCUUUCCGAAUCUUGGCCCAGAUCACCGGGACUGAACAUCUGAAAGAGUCUGAAAAUGAUAAUACAAAGAAGGCAAAGUUUGACAGUUCUCUGGAAGGCAUACCUAACAGUGGACCUCACCUACCUGCUACUCCUCAGGUUCUUAAUACUGGUAGACAAGUAGCUACACAUUUAAAAAUAGCCACUACAUCUUAUAGCUUCACAGGAAAUGUGGUGAGAAGUUCUUUGGAAGGUCUUCAAAGCUUUUCUACCUUCUCUUCUCCUGCUAGAUAUAGUGCUGCAGAUCUGAGCAGUGCAGCUGCUACUGUGUCUGCUGUUCUUGCUACAAAAACCAGGCUCUACAGUCCUGAAAAGUAUCAUUCUCUCCUGGAUGCACUCUGCAUCAGCCCUGUUUCCAAGCCUCUAGCUUUUUCGAAUCUCCAAUCCUGGAGGAAAUCAACCAGCUCUAUCCAUGUUGCACAAACAAGCAACACCCAGGAGCCUUCUCAGCACCAGGCUCCACGGAGCACACCUGAGAGCCUGGAAAGUUCAGCCUCCUCCAGACCAGGGUCGGCCAGCCUCACAACUGCAGCCGCCUUCAAGCCUGUGACUUCCACCAGUGUUAUCAAGUCACCAAGUUGGCAACAACAAAAUCAAGCAGCUGUAUCCACUGGAAGAGUCUCAAACAGUGCCGCUUCCUCCGGAGCAGUGGCCCCCACCAACUCAUCUGUGGAGCAACCAAGUGACCAGGACACUUUAGUGCAGAGAGCUGAGCACAUCCCAGCCGGGAAACGGACCCCAAUGUGUGCCCACUGUAACCAGGUCAUCAGGGGACCGUUUCUAGUGGCACUGGGUAAAUCUUGGCACCCAGAAGAAUUUAACUGUGCUCAUUGCAAAAACACUAUGGCCUACAUUGGAUUUGUAGAAGAAAAGGGAGCCCUGUAUUGUGAGCUGUGCUAUGAGAAAUUCUUUGCUCCUGAAUGUGGUCGAUGCCAAAGGAAGAUCCUUGGAGAAGUCAUCAAUGCUUUGAAACAAACAUGGCAUGUUUCCUGUUUUGUGUGUGUAGCCUGUGGAAAGCCUAUUCGUAAUAAUGUUUUCCAUUUGGAGGAUGGUGAGCCCUACUGUGAGACCGAUUAUUAUGCUCUCUUUGGAACCAUAUGCCGGGGAUGUGAAUUUCCCAUAGAAGCUGGAGACAUGUUUCUGGAAGCCCUGGGCUAUACCUGGCAUGAUACUUGCUUUGUGUGCUCUGUGUGUUGUGAAAGCUUGGAAGGUCAGACCUUUUUCUCCAAGAAGGACAAGCCACUGUGCAAGAAACAUGCUCAUUCUGUGAAUUUUUAA